AUGCACUAUCUAUCUAUCUAUCUAUCUAUCUAUCUAUCUAUCUAUCUAUCUAUCUAUCUAUCUAUCUAUCUAUCUAUCUAUCUAUCUAUCUAUCUAUCUAUCUAUCUAUCUAUCUAUCUAUCCAUCUAUCUAUCUCUGUGUCUUCAGCUGACUAACAGGAUUUUGAACGUGUCGUCUCACCGUCUCUUCCUAUUGGACGGUUUCGGUGACCUGGGAGCGCUGAGGUCUGUCCUCUUCCUGCCAUUCUUCUUCCACUUUGUCGUGUCACUGUCGGCAACCUCUCUGCUGCUGCUGGUGGUGGUGUCCAACCAGAGCCUCCACUCACCCAUGUACCUGCUGAUGGCCUCCAUGGCGGCCGUGGACCUCAGCCUGCCGCUGUUCUUCGUCCCCGACAUGCUGCUGAACUUCCUGUUGGGCCGGAGGAGCAUCUCUUUGAUUGGCUGCCUGCUGCAGAUGCACCUCCUCCACUUCCUGGGGGCGCUGCAGUCCACGCUGCUGGUCUGGAUGGCACUGGACCGCUACUUCGCUAUCUGCACACCACUCAGCUACCACCAGCAGAUGGCGCCACGGAGGUUCUCCAGGUUUGUGGUUCCUCUGGUGCUGAGGAACGCCGUCAUGGUGUCGCUGCUGGUGGGCCUGACGGGAAUGCUGAGGUUCUGCGGGAACGUGAUCCAGCACUGCUUCUGUGAGCACAUGGCGCUGGUGGAGCUCUCCUGUGGACCGACCUCGACCAACAGCCUGCUGGGCCUCCUGGCCCUGGCCUUCAUCCCCGUCACCAACUUCCUCCUCAUCUUCGCCUCCUAUGUGCUGAUCUUCGGCUCGGUGCCCAGGUCUGGCCGGGCGGGCGUCCGAGCGCUGCACACCUGUGUGACCCACCUGCUGGUGAUGCUGGUCAGCCUGGCGGUGGUGCUGGUGGCCUUCCUGUCGUACCGGAUCAGAACCAGCCUCCCAGUGUCCUGCCGGGUCUUCUUCAGCUCCAUGUACCUGCUGCUCCCCAGCUGCUUCAACCCCAUCAUCUACGGCGUCAGAACCAAAGAGAUCCGGCAGCACAUCCUGAAGACGCUGAGCUGCUGUUCAAGAACUCGAACCCUGACCCGACCAGAACCCUCUACAGAACCCCAGAACCUGAAGGAACCAACAAACCAACCAGAAUCCUCUACAGAACCUGAAGGAACCACCAAACCAACCUGAACCCUCUACAGAACCUGAAGGAACCACCAAACCAACCAGAACCCUCUACAGAACCUCAAGGAACCACCAAGCUGAAGACUGAAAGUAGAAGAUGUUCCAGACGGUGUCUUCUGAGAGGAAGAAGUCCUGAAGAAGUCCAUUAAAAAGUG